UUUGGGGUGAGAAACGGGAGAUUUGGGGUACAGGAACGGGGAGGUCAGCAAGAACGAGGUGCUGGAGAUCAUCACGGUGAGGAGAACACGGGUUUGGGGUCAGAAAUGUGAGAUUUGGGGUUUGGGAUACAGGAACGGAGAGGUCAGCAAGAACGAGGUGCUGGAGAUCAUCACGGUGAGAUUGGGGUCAGAAACGAGAGAUUUGGGGUCAGAAAUGGCAGAUUUGGGGUUUGGGAUGCAGGAACGGCGAGGUCAGCAAGAACGAGGUGCUGGAGAUCAUCACGGUGAGAUUUGGGGUGAGAAAUGGGAGAUUUGGGGUUUGGAAAUGUGAGAUUUGGGGUUGGGGAUGCAGGAACCCAAGGUCAGCAAUGGAGGGGUGCUGGAGAACAUCCAGGAUUUGGGGUUUGGGGUCAGAAAUGGGAGAUUUGGGGUACAGGAACGGCAAGGUCAGCAAGAACGAGGUGCUGGAGAUCAUCACGGUGAGAUUUGGGGUCAGAAAUGUGAGAUUUGGGGUUGGGGAUGGCGGGAACGAUACGUACGAGAGCUUCCAGCGGCAGUGCCCCGACGGGCGCAUCAGCCGCGGCUUCGACACCAACGACGACGGCACGCUGGACUUCCGGGAGUACAUCAUCGCGCUGCACCUCACCUCGUCCGGCAAGACCCACCUCAAGCUCGAGUGGGCGUUCUCGCUGUUCGACGUGGACCGGAACGGGGAGGUCAGCAAGAACGAGGUGCUGGAGAUCAUCACGGUGAGAUUUGGGGUGAGAAACGGGAGAUUUGGGGUUUGGGAUACAGGAACCCGAGGUCAGCAAGAACGAGGUGCUGGAGAUCAUCACGGUGAGUUUGGGGUGAGAAAUGGGAGAUUUGGGGUACAGGAACAGCGAGGUCAGCAAGAACGAGGUGCUGGAGAUCAUCACGGUGAGGAGAACAUCCAGGAUUUGGGGUCAGAAAUGUGA